CGGGUUUGAAAAGUGCUCGGGCGGGCGCGGGAAGCUGCGGAGAGGGCGCGCAGAUCCCAGUGCUGGAGGACUCCUUCUCCUCCAGACCCUCAUCCAGGAGCCCACGGACAAGUCCUGUCGCCCGAGCCUGGGCUGGGACCACCUCCUAGGGACCGCCCAGGCCCCCUCUGCCUCGGCCCUUCUGCCAGUGAGCCUGGGCAUCCGAGACUCAGGCCGGCUGUGGGGAAGCAGGGCCAGGACAGGGCCUCACUGUGCCUCUAACCCCAGCAAGUGCCAGAGGGAGGGAGCUGUGAGCCGGGCACCACCGACAACACCGCCGUCACCAUGACGACCAGUCACCAGCCACAGGACAGAUACAAAGCUGUCUGGCUUAUCUUCUUCAUGCUGGGGCUGGGCACACUGCUCCCCUGGAAUUUUUUCAUGACGGCCACUCAGUAUUUCACAAACCGCCUGGACAUGGCCCAGAACAUGUCCUUGGUCACUGCUGAGCGGAACAAGGACAUCCAGGCCUCGGAUGCCCCCGCAGCGCCGUCGCCAGAGCACGGCCCUCUCAGUGCCAUCUUCAACAACGUCAUGACCUUGUGUUCCAUGCUGCCCCUAUUGCUCUUCACCUGCCUCAACUCCUUCCUACAUCAGAGGAUUCCCCAGUCGGUCCGGAUCCUGGGCAGCCUGGUGGCCAUCCUGCUGGUGUUCCUGGUCACAGCCAUCCUGGUGAAGGUGCAGAUGGACGCUCUGCCCUUCUUUGUCCUCACCAUGGUCAAGAUCAUGCUCAUAAACUCGUUUGGCGCCAUCCUGCAGGGCAGCCUGUUCGGUCUGGCUGGCCUCCUGCCCGCCAGCUACACGGCCCCCAUCAUGAGUGGCCAGGGCCUGGCCGGCUUCUUCACCUCGGUGGCCAUGAUCUGCGCCAUCGCCACUGGCUCGGAGCUGUCAGAAAGUGCCUUCGGCUACUUUAUCACAGCCUGUGUGGUUGUCGUUCUGACCAUCAUCUGUUACCUGGGCCUGCCCCGGCUGGACUUCUACCGCUACUACCAGCAGCUCAAGCUCGAAGGGCCCGGGGAGCAGGAGACCAAGCUGGACCUCAUCAGCAAAGGAGAGGAGCCGAGAGCAGGCAAGGAGGAGUCUGGAGCCACAGCCCCCAGCUCCGAGUCUGCCAGCAAAGGCCACUCCAUCCGAGCCAUCCUCAAGAACAUCUCAGUCCUGGCUUUCUCCAUCUGCUUCAUCUUCACCAUCACCAUCGGGAUGUUUCCCGCUGUGACCGCUGAUGUCAAGUCCAGCAUCGCCGGUGCCAGCGCCUGGGGGAACUACUUUAUUCCCGUAUCCUGUUUCUUGACUUUCAACAUCUUUGACUGGCUGGGCCGAAGUCUCACGACCGUCUUCAUGUGGCCUGGGAAAGACAGCCGCUGGCUGCCGGGCCUGGUGCUGGCACGGCUGGUGUUCGUGCCGCUGCUGCUACUGUGCAACGUGCAGCCGCGCCACUACCUGGCCGUGGUGUUCGAGCACGACGCCUGGUACAUCUUCUUCAUGGCCGCCUUCGCCUUCUCCAACGGCUACCUCGCCAGCCUCUGCAUGUGCUUCGGGCCCAAGAAAGUGAAGCCGGCUGAGGCCGAGACGGCGGGAGCCAUCAUGGCCUUCUUCCUGUGUCUGGGUCUGGCGCUGGGGGCCGUCUUCUCCUUCCUGUUCCGGGCGAUUGUGUGACCACAGAUGGACAGAAGGACUGCACUGCCUGCCUGCCUCCUGUCCCCUUCCCUCGUCCUGCCCGGGCUGGGCACGAGUGGCCUGGAGGUUUUCUCUUCUAGCUGACUUCUGCUUGCUGUGCUGGGCCCGGCUGCCCGGGCCUUGAGGUCACAGCCUCUGUGGAUGGACGUUGGGGACGCUGUGGCCUUUUAAGGGGCGCAGUCAGGGAGGGGUGCAGCCUCUGCACUUGCGUGAGUACCCCCACACCUGGCUGUGAGUGAUCCCUGCAGGACAGGCUCCUGGGCUCAGAGGGGAUGUGUGUAUCAGGUCCGUCUGUCUGUCUGCCUGGACGGGGACGGGUGGGGGAACCCAGGGGACAGGACUGACCGUUGUAGGGUCUGAUCCGAUACCCCCCUCCUCCUUCCUCCCCGUGCCCGCCUGCCCCUCCCUGUGCCCCCCUUCCCAUACUCCCACGCCUCAUCCCUACCCAUCAUGCACCCUGUACAGUGCCGUUUUACUGCCUUUUUUAUACUCGACAGAAACCAGGUGCCUUCAGAGGCUCUCUGAUUAAAUAAACAUUUUUGUCUCCUCAA